CCUUAAACUUUUGCCAGUACUGAAAAUUUAUAGUGCAUAACGUAAACUAAAAUAGAUUUUCAACGCUGGCAGUAAAUUUGGAAUACAGUCUCAAUAUCACUUGUGUGGAAAUGGAAAGCAACUGUAAUAAUGAGAAACCACCCACGAGACUGAUUGAAAACUGAAAGAAACCGCGGCAAAAUAUCGAUAUCGGACGUGACAUCGAAAUCGAGAUCUCGACGAUGUCACGUGACGUCAGGCAGUCGAAACUCGAACGGUACGAAGUGAAGUGAGCGGCGUGAGCAGGCGUGAGUGCGUGAUCGCGACUCUGUGAGUCAUACAUAACCUCGUCGUGUGUCACGGUGUCGUUGGUGUCGGCCACAAUUCCGUUUCUAUCGACUCGUCCAGCGUCCUUGCCUAAUAAGGCAAAAAAAAAAAAAACAGCAAAGGGAUUUCUCGACGCACAUCCACGGUUCCAGCUUCUCCCGUCCUCGACGUCUCGAAAAGGUGAAGCGUCUGUUUGCAACAUACAAAUAAUGUCUGAUCCGCGUAUAAGAACGCUCAAGAUUAAGACAGGAGUAGUGAAGCGUCUCGCGAAAGAAAAGGUCACGUACGAAAAGGAGGCGGCGCAGCAGCGCGAGAGGAUACAAAAGUUGAAAGAGCAGGAUAAAGAUGGCUACGACAUAAAGAAGCAAGAGGAGGUGCUUCAAGAAUCCCUUAUGAUGGUACCAGACUGCCAGAGGCGUCUCGUUAAAGCAUUUGAAGAACUCAAGAAGAUCCUGGAAACUGAGCAAGAUUUAAAGGAAGUCGGAGAUUACAUUGAGGCUGAAAAAGUAUUACAGGAAGCAGAAGAACAGUUGCCGAAAGAAGGGGAUAUUUUGCAGAUGUGUUAAAAAAGUGCUCUUUAAUGACUUUCGCUAAAUUAUUUU